AUUUUACACUUCAUCACUUACUUGAAUAAAAAAGUAAAUUAAACAAAAAAGAAAAAUAUAUUAACAAUCAUGGAUUCUAAAGUUACUGUUCUUACACCAAAUGGGAGAAGACAAAUCGUUAAAGUUACUCCUAAUACCACAAUAAUGCAAAUACUGGAGGAGGCCUGUAAAAAACAUGGUUUCUCAAGCGAUGAGUACAUUCUGAGACAUCACAACAAGGAGGUGUCCUUAUCGCAAAUGUUUCGCUUUAGUGGCUUACCCAAUAAUUGUUUGUUGGAAAUGUCACAAACGGAUAAAAAACGUGUUCCUAUGCCAGUUGAUAUAUGUGUACAAACUGAAGAUGGUACACGUAAACAAGCACAGUUUGUGCCGGGUGACAAUUUAUGGCAUGUUCUUAAACAGCUGCAGGGAGAAGGAGAAUUACAGAAAUUUGAAAGCCCAGUAAUACUUUAUAUGCGUCAAGAAAUUUUGGGUGAACAAUUGUUGUCGAAAACCACUUUAAAAUCGUUGGGCAUAAUGGAAGGUAGAGCCCUGUUGCGCUUGGUGGAUAAACAGCCAGAGGAAUUAAAAUCGCAAGCUAUGGUUUAUAAACCACCAGCACCUAAAGUUGUAUCAACAUGUGACAUGGAAGACGACAAACCAAGAACUUCAAAAAGUAUAGUGCCAGGAGGUAGUGGUUUUGCCAUAACCAAGGACUUGGUACAAUCUCUUAAAAAGUCGUCAGCAAAUGAAACAAAAGAGUCCACAACAACUGAAAACAAUGAGGCAGCAAGCAAUGUUGAAACUCCAGAACCGGAAAAACCAAAAUAUGAUUGGGGCUCGGCACCAGGUCGUUCGAUGCGUACAUCGGAAUUAGAAAUGGAAGUUGAUGAAAUAGAAAAUCUAGAACCAGAAAUCGAACCCGAAUACCAUAUACUUGGUGAACGUAAUGCAAUCAUUUAUUCCUUAGACUCGGCUCAAAGCCAAAUAGAAGAUUUACCAGAUUCAUUUUAUGAUUUAACGGUUAAUGAUUUAAAAUUAGUAUUGCGCGAUCUUAAAAAAAUAGCUGCAGGCAACGAAGAUGCACCACUACUCACUGAAAAACUCAGGGAAUUAGAAGAUAAUAAUACAAUGCUAAGGAAAAUUGCUCAAUACAAAAAUUGUGUUAUACGCAUUCAAUUUCCUGAUCGCCAUGUCAUACAAGGAAUGUUUAAACCAAUCGAUAAAAUCUCAGAUGUCAAAGAGUUUACUAAAAUUUACUUGGAAGAACCUGAAAAGCCAUUUUAUCUGUUUACCAUACCGCCUAAAACUAAAUUAGAUCUGGAUAAAACUUUACUAGAACUGGAUUUUGUACCAAAUGCAUUAGUACAUUAUUCUCUAGAGGAUGAAACAGAUAACACAGACAAGUUUAUAAAUCCACAGUUUCUUAACAAAUUAACACCUGCCGAAGGAGCUUUUUAUGUAGCAAGUAAACUAAGAAAGCAACAACACGACAAACACUCACAUAAUCAAGUCGCAUUAGAUGUUCCAAAUCCAUCAACAGGUGCUAUACCAAAGCGCCCUCGAAAUGAUGAUUUAAAUAAUAAAUAAUAUACACACUUCAUUCUUUUUAAAUGCAUUUAAUGUAGACCUUAAAAGAGAAGUACCACAAAAGUAACAUGAAUAAAAAUUUAACUAAUUUACUAUUUUUGAAAAAUAAAAGUCAAACAAAAUUAA